AACUGUCUGCCUCUGCCUCUGCUUGUCUGCCUGAUGAGUGCCAGAGCCAGUGCCAGAAGCAAAAGAAUCGCCUGCCGGAGGAGGUGUUUUCUAUAAAACUAUUCGUUCGAUAGCAAGUCCCAUUCAGUUGCGAACGGUUCGUUGCAGAGCAAGGAUAUAAAAUUUUCCCAAGAAACCGUGUUUUUAAUUUUCUCUCGACCAAAAAUAUUAACAAACAACAAAAAGGAUAUUAUAAAAAAGAAAAUUCUCAUUCCAAAUCGCUAAAUAAUUUGUGGUAAUUUUUGUCAACGAAAAAUUCUCUCAAGUGAAAAAUUCAAAGAAAGAAAAUUCGACAAAAUUUUCAAAAAUAAAAAAUAAUAAGAAAAGUGCAAGAAAAAGUGAAGAAAUAUAAAACAAGUGACAAAAAUAUUUUUGGAUUACUCUCUUCAAUUAUUAUUUUACUCAACUGUCAAAUCCCAAAACGACAAAAAUUGUGUGUUUUUUUUUUAUUUUUCAAAAAUAAAUAAAUUAUAUUUUUUUUUUGAAAUACGAGAGUGCAGCAUUAUUUUGAGCUGCAAAGUGUGUAAAUCAAAGAAUAACAAACAAAUAACGGAUUUUCUCCUUCUCUCAAAUUGAUCACAAAAAAAACAACAAAAAAGUUGUAACUACAAAAGUUUACUAUAAAAGAAAUUUUAAUACUUAUCGGAAAACGAACCUCAAGGCAUUUUUCACGUGAAUGAAUUGAUUUGCAGUUAUAAAGAUUCUCCGUCUGUCUAUUUAUCUUCGUAUACCUAUAAACUAAGAAGAAGAAGAAGAAGAAGUGCGUUCUGUGCGUCUGUUAAGAUCUCAAAGCAAGGCAAACAUCGAUGUCUAAUUACUCGACAGCGACAUCCGCGACACUAAAUUGUAGCUGCUAAAAAAGGAGUGCUCUGGCGUCUGCUAGAAUUUUCCAACAGAAAAAUAAAUAAAUAAAAAAAAGGAAAUCCCAAUUCCAAUUCGAAUUCGAAUUGACUGACAAACAGCAUUUUCUGAAUUUUGCAAAUAAUUGAUGAGGAUUUAUUCCAUGUUGGGGCGAAGCGAAGAAGAAGAAAGAAGUAAAUCAGCACUUCCUCCCCAUUAUCCAUCAAUAUUCCUUUGUUAAUUCAAUUCGAUGAUAUCGAAUAUUUGUCAAAGGAUUACAUUUGCAGAGUGAAAUUUUAGAUUCACCUGCAAAAAAACCUUAAAAACCAACUUUAUUGAAAAGAAAAGAAGAACCUAACUUGACAAAUGUCAUCAAGUAUGGUCCAACAGCAACCCAUUAGACCACUAGAUCAAGAUCAAGACGAGGAAGACAAACAACAACAACAGGAUCAGGAGCAGGAUCAAGAUCAGGAACAAGAACACCAGCAUCACAAUCACCAUCAUCAUCAUCAUCAUCAAUACCAUCAAUCUACUGUCAUUGAUAUUCCAUCAGAUGACAACACUUAUGUGGAGAAUGCAAUUACUUAUAGUUCGGAAGAGGAGAAAAAAUAUCUCGCCGACUAUGAUAGAUGGUGUCCACCGCCAUUGUUUGUGAUAAUGAUAUCGUUACUUGAGAUUGGUGUCUUUCUCUAUGACUACAUGACAGUAGAUUUCCAACCCGAACAAAAUAUCCCAAUAUCCCAGGAUUCGGUGCUUAUUUAUCGACCGGAUCGUCGUCAGGAGAUUUGGCGUUUCGUAUCGUAUAUGGUGCUGCAUGCGAAUUGGUUCCAUUUGGGCUUCAAUGUUGUGGUGCAAUUGCUAUUCGGGUUGCCCCUUGAAACCGUGCACGGAUCGGCACGAAUUGCGUGCAUUUAUUUAGCCGGAGUGUUUGCCGGUUCACUGGGAACGAGUGUUGUUGAGUCGGAGGUGUAUCUAGUUGGGGCUAGUGGUGGAGUUUAUGCGCUAUUGGCAGCGAGUUUGGCGAAUUUAUUGCUGAAUUUUGGAGAAAUGAGAUAUGCUGUGUCCAAGUUGGCAUCGGUGCUUAUAUUUGUAUCAUGUGACGUUGGAUAUGCACUUUAUUCCCAAUACGUAAAUGAGCCGAAUAAAGCUCCCGCUGUAUCAUACAUUGCACAUAUAACAGGAGCCUUAGCUGGUCUAACAAUAGGUUUAUUAGUUUUAAAAAAUUUCGAACAUAAAACCCAUGAGAAUCUUAUGUGGUGGCUAGCGUUAGGUGUUUAUACAGCAUUUACAAUAUUCGCAAUUGUUUUUAAUUUAAUAAAUACAGUGACUGCGCAAAUACUCGAAGAAGAGGGUGAAGUAAUGAGACAACAUUUGCUUCAUGAUUUGGGUGUUUCGUAAAAUAAAUACUAAACAAAUAAUUAUUUAAAAAAAAAAAACUUUGUAUAAUUAAUUUUAAUGUUUUGUUUAUUAAGAAUUUUUUUUUUAUUUUUUUUGUUUGUUUUAUUUCUUGAAGUUCUAAUUUUUUUUAUUUUAUAAUUUAUUCUGUCUCUCUAAGUCGCCUCUCUAAUAAUUUCCUUAAUUAAUUAACAAAGAAAAAAACACUCGCAAAAGAAAAUAAAAACUAAUAAAUUAAAGUUUAUCCUAUAUUAAAUAAAUACAAAUAUAUUUUAUUGUUUAUUUUUUUUUAUUAUUAUUAAAUGUUAUAUAUAUUUUUUUUUUCAAUUAAUUUUAAGUAUCUAUAUAAUUAUUCUCAAUUAAUAAUAUUAAUUUAUGAAAUUGAUCCCAAAACGUGAAACAAACUGUUGUGAUAUUACCAAAGACUGAUUUGUAUAAAGAAAUAUGAAAAAUAAAAACGUAAGUUAGUAACAAAUGAAAAUAAAAAAAACUCAAAUCCAAAAAAUAAAGCUAGAAAAUAUUUGUGUAAAUAUACAUUUAAAAAUAUAUAACAUAAAAGAAUGGAAAAGUGUGUAAAAAAGAAAGUGAAAUAGUUAAUUUUCCACUAUAUACUCCUCCCUUCUCUUCGUCUCUUCUUUUUCGAAUGCGCAAAAUCACACGAAAAACCGCAAAACGCAGUGUGGUGAUUUUUUCUGUGUAGACUUGUGGUUUACUGCAGUUUUAAAGUCACUUAACUCUCUCUCUUUUUAUUUAUUAAUUUUCAAUAUCAGCUCAAAAACAAAAUUACAAACUAUUAAAAAACCUACAGCUGAAUAAAUGAUUUUUCAAAAAAUCAUAAAUUAAAACAAAAGAAAAUCAAAAAAAUAGAAUCCUUAAUUCUUCUUCGCAAGCAAGCUAAAAAAAGAAACAAAAAAUUAAUAUUAUAACUUAAAACUAGUCGACAAUUCAAUAUUAUUAAAUUUAAAGCUAAAAACAAAACAAAAAGUAUAAAAUUAGUAAAAUAAAAUAUCAUUAUAAAGAAAUAUCUAAUAAGUUUAAGGUUGUUGAUAAAUUAUAAACAAAAAGAAACAAAAUGAAAAGAUUAUUAAUUUAUAUACAAAAAAAACGAAAGCCGCCAAAUAUCCUACUAUAUCUUAUUUUUUAUUAAUUUGUUAAAACAAAACCAACUGACUCAAAAGAAAAACUGACUCUUCAAAAGGCUUAACAAAAUUAAAAAAGAAAAGAGAAACACAAAAGAGUAUUAUUAUUAUUAUUAACAUUAUUUAUUUGUUAUUUUUUUAUUAUUAUUAUUAUUAUUAUUAAUAUUAUAUAUAUUUUUGUUUUGUUAAUUUCAAAGAAAAUAAUUGUAUACAUUCAAUAAUUGAAGAAGUAAAAAAUAGAAGAAGAAAAAAAAAUACAACGAAUAUCUUCCGUUUCAUAUUAAAUUUUUGUUAGUUUUUUGUUUUAAAUGUAAAGUUAAAAAAAAAGUAUAUAAAUGAAAUAGAAAAGAAGAAUUCAAAAAACCAAAGAAAUACAAACAAAAAAUAAAUAAAUAAAAUUUGUAUGUAAAUGUAAAAUUAGAUUCAAACUAUAAAAAAAAUAUGUCCACUAAGAAUACCAAUUAAAAUUUUUGUUCUGCAAACAUUUAUCAACGAUAUAAGAAGAAAAAGAAAAAUAUGAAUUAAUCAUUUGUAUAUUGUAAUAAUCAUCAAUGUAAAAAUUACCCCCUUUUUUCGUUGCAAAGAAAAACACAACAACAACAAAAACAUGAAACAAAAAUAUUGUCGCUGCUGAUGCAAAACAAUUAUUAUAAACAAAUAAAACAAAACAAAGUUAUUGUCAAAACAAAAAAUAAAAGAGAUGAAAACACUGCCAAAAAAUAGUAUAUGUUACAAAAAAUAUCAAAAUAAUAACAAAAAAAUCAAUAAAACAAAACUAAAUUAUUAAAAAAAUUAA